AUGUCGUACAUAUGUUAUUGUGAUUUACUAGCCCCAUUAAAAACCUCAUGGACUGAGGAAAACCCUGGAAGAAGAUUUUGGGGUUGCGUCACCUACAACUCAAGAGUAAGCAGUUCCAAGCAAUUUCAUACAAAAUCUGCAUGCAAAUUUUUCAAAUGGCUAAACAAACCAACUUGUGCAAGGGGUGUUGAGGUCUUUAAACAGAUUAUGAAGAAGGUUAAUGACCUGAAGGAUGAAAAUGGUACAUUGGUGGCAAAGAUGAAAGACUUGGAGAAUGAAAUAGAAAGUUGCAUGGAAAGGGCUAAGCAAUUGGAGAAGGCAGAUGAUAAACACAAGGAAAUCAUCAAGUGUUUAGAGAAGGAAAAUUGCAUAUAUAGGGCAAGAGAGAAAAUUUUUAUGUAUGCUUUGUUGUUAUCAUGGUUCACAAUGUUGUUAGUUGCUUGUGUUGCACUUCUAAAGUGA